AUGAUUUAUGGUGCCACUACAAAAAAGAUGUCUAUACUGUCUGUUUUCGUCAACGAAGCGCCACAUCAGUCGACAAUUUCCCGUUGGUAUGAAGAAUUCAAACGUGGAGUGAGUCUUAGCGACGAUCCCAGGGUGAGUGCACCAAAAACGGCAGUCACCCAGGAAAACGUCGAUGCUGUGCGCAAACUCACCAUUGAAGAUAGACAUGUGACAUAUCGCGAAAAUGAGGCGUCCUUGAAGAUCUCAAAGACCUUAAUUGAAAAAAAUUUACAUGAAGAAUUAGGAGUAAGAAACUCAAGAAAUGUGUACAGCAUUGCUGGUGGUGAUGAAUCGUGGAUUUACUGUUAUGAACCAGAAAAUAAACGACAGUGGACUGUUGGUAUGUUCCAAGGUGAAGAAAAGCCAACAAAAGCCAUCCGUUCUCGAAGUGUUUCGAAAAAGAAUGUCGCGACAUUUGUGUCAAAAUCGGCAACUGUUACUGCGGAUUGGUAUACCACCAUUUGUUUGCCAAAAGUCAUCAUCGAGCUUCGAAAAAUCAACCCCGAAAGAAGAAUCAUCCUCCACCAAGACAAUGCAAGCUCGCACACAGCCCAAAAAACAAGGCAGUAUUUAACGGAAGAAAACGUGGAAUUAUUGGACGAUCCUCCAUAUAGUCCCGAUCUAAGUCCUAUCGAUUUCUUUACUUCCCCGAAAAUUAAAAACAGACUGCGUGGUCAAAGGUUCCAGUCACCAGAGGAAGCAGUUGACGCAUUCAAAAAUGCCGUUUUGGAUCUGCCAUCCAACGAGUGGAAUAAGUGCUUCGAAAAUUGGUUCGAGCGCAUGCAGAUGUAUAUUAAUCUUCGUGGAGAAUACUUCGACAAACAAUAAAGUCAUUUAAAACCGUGUUGUUUUAUUUCCAUAUGUAAAACUUAAAAGACAUCCCUCGAAUUAUCACAGCAACAAUCUUAAUAAAAAAACAUUUCUUUUAUCACAACCUUUUAAACAAAACUAGAAAAUUU